AUGGCUUCUUCGUGUUUUUUUGGUUUUUUUGUUGCGCCCAAAACGCUUCAUUUUUGGAAAAAAGAAAAAAGAAACCAAACGCACAUGCAAAAUUUACGUCUGGCGGAAGAGCUCGCGCGGCGCGUGGAAGAGGAGGAAGAGGAGGAGGAAAAGACCGCGAAGAAAAAAGAGAGACGACUGGAAUCGCGCGUCCUCGAACCGCUUCUCGAGACGUACGAGAAGCGAGAGACGUCGCAGUUUUUUUUGACCAACUUUAGUAAAAGCGGUGUCGGUCAAAGCAAAGGAGGCGACGAGGAGGAGGAGGAGCGAAAAGACGACGUAAACGAUGACGAUGAAAGAGGAGAAGAAAAAGAUGAUGACGACGACGACGAUAAAAAGAUGCGGCGGUUGUUUGCGCACGGCGUGAGUGAUGCGCACGAGUACGCGCUGCAGAGCACGGUGGAGGAAGAAGAAGAAAAGGAGGAGAAGGAGACGAAGGAGGAAACCUUUGAGGACGACGAAGACGCUAAUAAUAGAAGCAAAACGGACGAAGAUAUCAUCUCGAUCGUUUGGUUCAAGGAAGAAGAAAAGGGCGAGGAGGAGAACAGCGUCGUCGCGAAAAUUGUGCACGAAAGAUUUAAGGAGUACGUGACGGUUCACGACCCGUAUCUCCGCGACGACGGGCUUUUACUCUCUUACGUUGACUUGGAGAACGAGAAGCGAGUGGACGCGUACGCGUUCGAUCGAGCGGAUGGUUUUGGGACGUUUCGUAAGACGAGAGUGAUUUUCUUUACGGUUGAGCGUAAAGAAAAUGGGAGUGAUAGCGAGAAUUUAGAAAGAGAAGAUGGAAGAGAAGAUGAUGAUGAUGAUGGGGAGAUAUCGUUUACGAUUCGAAAAAUUGAAGAGACGUUUCGAAACUGCGGCAUAGAAGAGGAAGACGGCGGUUACGGACGAGACAUGCGCAUUGAACGGGCAACUUUCGAUUCGAGAACAAAUGCUGCCGUGUUUGAAUUUCUUCCGAAGGGCACGUCUCUGUUUGGUGAAACAAAAACGUGGCGGAAGAACGAAAAGAAGGAGGACGAUUGUACGAACCCGGGCGCUACCGUUAAAGAAGGACAAAGCGAAGAAGAGAAUGAAAAAGAAGAAGUAAACGAGGACGAAGAAACAACGGAGUUUAUUCGAAAAAGACUUCCAUUUUGUGUGUCAUCGUUCGAAGAAUUUGGCGAGCGCGCCAACCGCGAAGCGUAUUCGUCCGCUCGAAAAGCGCUCGGAGAUUUUUUUAGCAGCAACGCGAUCUCGAAGAAACGUAAAAACAGAAAGUGCGAUACGGUUGUACAAAAACCCAGCGUAAGCGAAAGCGGCGUUACAACCGAGGAAAUAUUAGAUGAUAAGUCGCGACAAGAAGAUAAUAACGAAAAGGAGGAAAUGUUUACUGAACUCGAACAGGAGGCGCUCCGACUCGAGCUCGAAACCGCUUCCCGACGCGUCGCGGAGAACUCCCGCGCCGUCCUCGCUCAAAUCGACUCCAACAAGAAGCACUUCCAACGCCACGUGCUCAAAGAACGCGCGGAAUCUGCGCUCAGAUCCAUGCAAAAAGCGAAACUGUUGUUUGAAAAAACCAAAGUGGAAGAAGAAGCGCAGAGAGAAGAAGAUCUCACCUCGAAAACGUCCGCGACGCUCGAAAACGGUGGAACUGGUUCGCAACAGCUCGCCGACCUCUCCGCGGCUUUUCGUCAAGCGCGCGUAAAUUUUAUCGCGCGUCAGCGUCGGUACGAUCGCGCGAGAGCACUUUUCUCGAGCAACGGCGGUUCAAAGAAGGAAACCACCUUCUGUCGUUGA